GCUAAAUAUUAAAUAUUUAUUGUAUUAUAUUAUUUAUCAAAUACUCAGUGAUUAAUGAAUAUUUUAUAUUUUAUUGGUAGAAAAUAGCAAUUGGUAACUGUGGUGAACUUUAAUAAGAAAUUCCAACUCUUCUGUGUUCCAUUUUGAUAGAUCUUUUAAUCACAGUGCCGUUACCGUACAAUAUGGAGGAGCAUUGCAAAUCCCUAGCUUUGCAAUACGAUUUGUUUGUCAACAGUACCCUCAGGUAUUUGGAUACAGCGACCGAGAGAGAUUACAUGUUAAAAUUAAAAGUCAUUGAUCAAUUAACAUAUAGAAUCAAUCAAAGUGAAGUUGAUAAAGAUAUUAUCAAAAGAAACCUAGAAGCUGUCCAGGAUGAAUGUUCUAAAUUGACUUAUAAACUUAAAGCUUCCGCGCGUUUAUUAGAUGAAGCUCAAGUAGAAAAAGAUAAACUUGUAUUUGAAAAAGAAACCAUGAAAUCUCAAUUAAAACAAUUACACAGUGUUUUUAAGAAACAAGAUAUUAUAGAAAAAUCACACCAUUCACUAUUAAAUCAAUCUGAUUGUACACAAUUAAAUGAAAAAAAGACUUUUAAUAACACAGAUGCUUUAUUAUCAGAUCUUAGUUACAGUCAUUCUGAAGAUAGUUCGUAUGAAAAUGUUAUGAAAAAUUCCAAACAUAAUUCUGCGCCCAUAAAAAAGUGUUCUACUGGCAACAUUUUAAAUAACUUGAACACAAAAAAAUGUGAGAUUAUGAAUGUGAAUACUAAUAACAAACAAAUUGUUGCUAUAACUACUUUAACUAUGGAUUUGGGUUCUGUUAAUGCUAAAUCAGUUAUAAAAACUUAUCCAUCACCGACUUCACAAAUUGCAUUAAUAUCAUCGUCAAGUGAUUCUAUUGAGCCAGCGUCUACCAGCGAGUCUGAAAAAGAAACUAACAUAUCUGAAAAAGAAAAUAAUAUAACUGAAAAAGAACAUAAUUUUAUUCAAAAAAUUAUUGUAAUUCCAGAAAUUUGUGGUCACUGUAAUAAAAAAAUCAAAUUUAACAAUUACAUGGUUAAAUGUCUGGAUUGUAAAAUUAUAACUCAUCUGGAAUGUAAAGAUUUUAUACCUGUUAUUUGUACAACUGAUCAACUAAAAAUGAAUGCUUUAAAUUGUGGUGUUCCACCCUCGAUUAUUCACUGCAUUAGCGAAAUCGAAAGAAGAGGAUUGGAUACAGUUGGACUUUAUCGGGUGUCUGGUUCUAAUAAAGAAGUGAAAAGUUUAAGAGACAAAUUUCGUAAAGGUUUACCAAAUUUAAACAAUAUAGACAUACAUGUAUUGUGUUGUUAUCUGAAAGAUUUAAUUGGAAAUAUUGGUAUGCAAAAAUAUAAUCUUAUAUCUCAAAGUGAUUUAUCAAAGAUGAUUGAUGCGUUAAAAAAUAAAAAUAAUGUUUCAAAGUCACUUUGUCAAAGUGUAUCAGAAUUGCCACAUUCCAAUCGUAACAUACUUGCAUUCCUCAUUGUUCAUUUGAAAAAGGUUGCUAGUUCUUCAAAAUGUAGUAUGGAUUAUAAUUGUCUAGCAAUAGUUUUUGGCCCUACAAUUGUUGGUGUUACAAGUACUUCCUUAGAUGAUUUACAUGUUAAAUCUGAACUCAUUUUUAAAGUUAUAAUAGAAUUACUAAAGUUGCCUAAUGAUUUUUGGCUUAGUUUUUUGAAAACUAAUAGUAUUUCUUCUGAAGAACUAUUACAUAGUACUCCAACUCAAAGUCAACCACAAACACCAGGAUCGUCUAAUCGUUUUUUUUCUUCUGGAAUAAAAAGACGAAUAUUAGACUCUCCAAAAAAGAAUAAAAUUGCUAAGCAAGUUGAAUUUUAAAUCAAGGAUUGAAUUAAGAAAAUUUUUUUAUCAUAUUAAUGUUUAAGUGUGUGAGAUUUAUAUUCAUUAAAAAAAAAAAUGUAUUUUAAGAACUUGACUUAAACACUAAACAGUUAAUUUUUAAAUGAUGUUAUUAUUACAAAUUGUUUUUUGUAUUACUUUACCUAAGUGAUGAUUUUUUUUUAAAUUUUA